GAGAGAGGCAAAAAGGAGAUGACCCCCACUGCGACUUUAUCCUUUUGAAGGAAGAGGGGCCCUUUUCCUCAGUUUUCCGGACUGGUCAAACGGCCCGAUUGGUCAAACUGGCCCAUUUGCCCACUUACCCAUUUGCCUAUUUGCCCAUUCGAUUGAGCGACUUAAUGCGGCAGCUCCUCCUUCCCGGCGGCCACCCCAUUUGACGCGCGCCCAAAAUGAUAUCCACGACGAUACGGAACAGAAUACACAAAAUAAUCUCGGGCAACAAGCUGAUCCUCGAAAAUGAAGAUAACCAAACGAACCUGAAAAACGUUGUUAACAACUGCACGCUGAUAGAGAAUGCCCUGCGCAAAGAAUUCCUGGAGUACAGACGGCUCCCCAGGAACAAACUGAACGCCCUCAUUAUCGACGUUUUGAAGAAAACGUUUGAAGGGGAUGGCGCCUCCAAGGGGGGGGGCAUUUCUGGCAAGGCCUUCCAGGGAAGUUGCGGUUCACGCGGUGAGAACGAUCAGCGCGGUGAGCACGAUCAGCACAGUCAGCAUGACCAUCACGACCGUAACGAUGAUACGCGGCAGCCGCGCGAGCCAGACGAAGGGCCGUCGGCCACCAAGGGGAAAAAAAAAAAAAAACGGGACGAACAGCCAUCCCAAGAUGGAAGUAAAAAGGCUAAAGGAGACUUACUACAAAUGGGAGAGCGCAGCAAAAAGGAAAGAGUGAAAGAAAAAAAAAAUCCAAACGUCAGCUCAGCAAAGGAGAAGGACACCUCCCAAAAGGACAGCGCGAAGGAACAAAGCUACUUAGCACAGCAUCUCCUGAAGGAGGUUAAAAAAAACAUCGAAGCAGAUACCAAUUUACGGAACUAUAAAGGAAUAAAAAAUAUCAAAAAGGAUAUUUUUUACAGCAUAAUUUACCCCCAUAAAUUUAGGGAGGGCAAUUUCAGCACAAUUGUUAACAUCAGCGGAAUCAGUGGGUCAGGAAAAACCACAUUAUCGUAUGCCAUAGGCGGAGAAUGUGACUGUCCAUUUUUUUACCUUAAAUUGCCAGAAUAUAUAAAGUACAUUUCCAAUGAUAGUAAAAAUAAUAAGUUAAAAUUAAUUUUUGAGCAAAUAAAGAACGAGUAUGAUGAGGCCAUCCUAUGCAUAGACGAUAUUGAUGUUAUCCUUUCGUCCAAAGAAGAUUCUACAGAUUUGUAUCUCUUCACAUAUCUGCUGAGCCUCUUUGACAACUCAAAUGUUCUUGUGCUUUUACUAAGUGUGAGCAAACCGUAUGACAGUGUACUGUACACAAAAAUUAAAAAAUUUAUCUCUAUACCUAUCCCUACGUAUGAAGAUCGGGUGGAAAUUCUCGAAUUCAUGGCGGAAGAGUUGUCCCUCACAUUUGAUGCGAAAUACGCAGCAACGUUAACGUACGGCUUUCAUCGGGGGCACCUCUACGAUAUUGCAAACGAGUCGAUGAAUCUGUGCUUAUAUGACCAAGUGCACGCGGGGGGGUUAACCGGGGUAAGCAGCGAGAUAGGCGUAGCCUCCCCUGAGAGGGACUCCAUUGAGAAGCCCCAAUCGGAGGUACCACCUCCGGGGGGUGCGGCCACCCAGCGUGCAGAUUCACCUUCGAAAGACGCCCCCCUUCCAAACGGAGAAAGCAUUUGCGAGGCUCACCACACGGAAGUACCCCCAACCGGAGGUGCAGAUGAAGCGUGCGACUCGAAAGGGGAUGCCACCACGACGUUUUACGCCCAUACGGUUCCCCCGACGCAGAGAAACGAAACAAACCUGAAGAGGAAGGAACGGAGCGGAGAAGCUACCACGUACAAAGUGAAAAGACCAAAAAUGAGCUGCCGAAAAAUAAACCAAGAAAUUAUUGACCAAAGUGUAAGAAAUAUAAAAAAAAAAAUGACUACGCAGAAUAUAUGUGAAGUGCCAAAUAUUAACUUGGACAAUAUUGGCUCCUUGAAAAGGAUCAAAAAAGUGUUAGAAACGAAAUUCAUCCUACCAGUGAAAUAUGCAAAUAUUUACAAACAUUUAGGGAUAAAAAAAAGCAUGGGAAUAUUACUUUAUGGCCCUCCAGGAUGUGGAAAAACGAUGCUUGCCAAAGCUAUAAGUAACGAAAUGAAGGCGAAUUUUAUAGCUAUUAAGGGACCCGAAAUUUUGAAUAAAUAUGUGGGGGAGAGUGAGAAAAAAGUGAGAGAAAUAUUUUCCUACGCAUCUAUUUACAAGCCUUGCCUCAUCUUUUUCGACGAAAUUGACAGUAUUUGCAUUAACAGGGCAAACAACAAAGCUGCUGCAGCAUCAGAUCGAAUUGUAAACCAACUGCUCACCGAAAUGGAUGGCCUCUCCCAAAGGGAAAGCGUCUACAUCAUUGCUACGACGAACAGACCAGAUAUAAUCGACAAGGCAUUGCUAAGAAGUGGCAGGUUUGAUCAACUUAUUUACAUUUCUUUACCAAAAUAUCAAGGACGAAUUGAUAUUUUGAGAAAGCUAGCCAAAAAUAUGCCCCUGCAUGCUGAUGUAGAUUUUGCCAAAAUUUCGCGCCUCACCAAGGGUUAUAGCGGGGCCGACUUGUACGGAGUUCUGCGAGAAAGUGCUUUCAUCGCUCUCCAGGAGUGUCGAGAUAAAAUCGAUUUGUUGAACUCGGGUUUGUCCAGCGCCGGUGAUGCAACACAGCACUGCCGCGAAGCAGAUGCCUUUUGCAGGGAUACAUCCGAUGAGCCCCCCUUUGUGAAACGCGAAAAUGGUGACGCUGCUACGGAAGCCGGAAGUAGCAAUCGCACGACAGGCCCCUUCGAUGGAUGCGCAAAAAUGCCCAGUCAGUGUAGCGUGGCGACUAUGGAUCAAAGCCAAGUUGGGGAAUGCACCCAACAGGGGGCCAAGCACACUGAUGCUCAUUUGUGUUUCCCACUGCGUAAUCUUACUGACUCACCCUCAUACGAUGAGGCUAGCGCGGAAGCAAACACACCGGAGCGAAGCAAAAUUUUGUCGUGUCACCCCCUCUCUGUCGAGGAGGUGACCAAAAUGACCGACUUAACAAACGAGAGGGGAACCUCCCAAACGGAGAAGACGACCAGUUUGCUCUUCAUUAAUCCCGAUGGUAGAGUCAACUUAGCAGAUGAGCCAAACGAACAAUCGAAAAGGAAACAAAAAUGUCUGCCAUCCCAGCAAGUUGAAUUAAGACGAAUGAAAAAAUUGAAUUUCCUACGCGGUGAUGAUAACCUUUCCAUGGAAAAUAAUCGGAUGUACGAAAUUAACAAUUUAAAAAACAAAGCCAUAAGUGAGAAAGACAAGAAUAACUUAAUUUAUGAGUUCAUUCAAAGGAAUAAAAACAUACUGACGAUUAGCCAAAGGCACAUCGUGCUGGCGGUCAAGAUGGUCCCACGCAGCGUUACCAGUAAGCAGAUGAAAUAUUACAAGGAAAUAAGUAAGAAGUUUAAGUGA